AUGAUUGUCAAUAUUUCGUCAAAAAUUCAGAAUAAAAUGUUCUGAGACUCUUUCACAUCAAUUCCACUGACGGUGGAGAGUUUUGGACCUUUUUUGCUCUUUUUUGCCUCUUUUCGUCUUUUUGUCUUUUACCACGGUCCAUUAAAUUGUUAAUAAUUAAGCUUAAAUAAGAGCAAAUUAAACUAAUAUGAGCCAAUGAGUGUGUUGAAUGCUCAACAAGUGACAUACCCAAAAGUCACACGGUGGGAGAUAUAGAUUGUGAUACUGUUUAUGGCUUACUUCAAAGGGGAAUGAAAAACAUCAAACAAAUUCAUCGACAAUUGAGACUUUAACCGUUGUCAUACUAUCUGGGUGAGUGUGGUCGUUAACUAAGCAGGAAUAAAACUACGAAAGGGUUAUCAGUCAAAUCAUAAAUCGUAAAUCAUCACUCUUCGCUAUAUUGCCCAAUCAAAUCACCAUGGGGCUAUGACCCACAUCACUGACGUAAUUAUGCAAAUUUGAGCAACUAAUGAACUAAAGAUAAACGCUAAUUGAAUAUACAGUUUUACAAUGAUCAGCUAACCUUACUGUCCCAAUCGAGUUGUCCCCAAGCAAUCUCAGGCCCUCGUUCCAAUCAGAUUAAUGAACGCUUCUUGGUGAUAGAAGUGGUAAUUGGUGGAUUCACUUUCUCCUCUUAAAAGCUGUAUGUUCACACUGUGAAAUUUGGACUCAAUCUUUCGCCUCUUGGUUUCGGAACAUUUUAUCAACUAAAAUGAUGGAUCAAUUAUUGAUAAAUACAAUUAGAAUUGUGUUUACUUUGCAUAAUUGAGUUCAGAUUUCCUUGAUGAUUUUUCGACUUCAAGGACGUAUGUUUUUCGUUUGAAUAAAAUAGUGUGAUUUUUACAUCACAUAGAAAUUGACGGUUCAAAUAACUAGAACGAGUUGGGAUUUAUAUUGUUCUCAGUUAUGUUUCUCAUUUAUUGUUUUGUUAAUAUUUUCUUGAUUAUAGCAACAAUUUUUGGAAUUAACUCCUCUUCGAAUCCGACUGAAAGUUCACUUUUGAUUCCUUCGAAAGCAACACUAAUAAAUUACGCAUUCAAUGAUCGCCCUGAAAAAACCUGGUACUUUGAGCCAAAAAAGUGUGGUGAAUUUCAUGUGUACGAUAAAGUGGCAGGUAAAUGUCGUCGUAUUUAUUGUCGAUCUACAAUCGGUGAUAUGCCUUAUCGAAAAUGUAAAGUAAGUGAAGCAUUUGAAAGUUUCUAUGCUCGCAAAGAGUUUAUUGAUAUCCAAGCCGAAAAAUGGUCGAUCAAAAUAUUCGUUAACAUAAUUAAUGGACUAAAGCUUACUCGAAACAAGAAUACACGUAAAGAAUUUGAAAUGCAAUUAGCUUCAGUUUUAAACAUUUCCAUUGAGCGUAUAGGUGUUGAAGAUAUGACUCUUUUGGAUAAUUUUCACGCUAAAUUUGACGUUGAACUAUUCGAAGACAUUGAAAUGGACAUUUCUGCUGAGCAGUUAGCAGAAAAGAUGCGAAUUUGCCUAACGGAACGUCAAACAUUUCAAAUUGAUGGAUGUGUUUUCCAACCGGACUUUGCUGCUAGUUAUCUAACUAGUUAUGUUUCAACAUUUUGUGAAGGCUCAUCGGUGCGAAAAAUACCUCAUUGGGGAUUAAAUUUUUCGUUUAUAAAUUCUAAUAAAUUGUUAAACAAUGAGAAUGGCCGAAUUUAUCCAAAAGGUUCUUACAUAGCGAGUGUUCUAGUACACAAUGAUCUUCUUAAAGUAGUCACAUUUGCGAUUCUCUGUGAGAAAGUAACUGGACUUUUCUGUGAGACUUUCAAGUUACCCGCUGGUUCUUACGAGUUUAUCGAUAAUGGUGCAUACAUAAAAUCACUUUAUGGAGUAACUGAUAAGUUCGAAGUUGACUUUAAUUCGUCAGUGAAGAUUUGUGAGCCUUCACACUUUUUCUGCGUCGGCAAUCAAACGGAAAACAAGAUUGUAGGUGUUUGUCUAAUUGUCUCUUGUGUAUUUUUAGUGCUGAUUCUGGUCACAUUUAGUAUGGUUCCUGAUAUAUCAUCGACUCUUCCAGGUUUCAAUACAAUAAAUUUGGUUCUGACUAUUCUGAUAUUACAAUUACAUUUUCUAACGGGAGCUUAUUGGACUAAUUGUUGGUUAGCGGCAAUUGUCAUGCAUUACUUUAUAUUACUCAAUUUUAGUUGGUCAAGUAUCAUUGGUUUUCACAUAUUUCGUACAUUUGUUACAUGUGAUUCAAUUCAUUGUGAGGAUAAUUCAAAAUACGGAAGCAGAUUCACUUCUUUCAUCAUGGCUCAUUUGAUGGUCUUGAUUGUUGUUGCUGUUUCGUUGAUUAAUGAAUUUAUCUCAAAUGAUUUCGCUCCUCAUUUUGGUCCAUUCCAAGGUGUUUGUUGGAUUCGUAGUUCGAUUGGAAUAUUGAUUUAUUUUGCUGUUCCAAUUUCUCUCAGUAACUCAUUGAAUUCUAUUUUCUAUUUGGCAAGUUACAUGAGGAUAAAAAGAACAUUGAAUGCGAGUGUUGCAGUUUCAGUCCAAAGUAUCAAUCGAUUAUCAAUUAGAUCAAUACCCACACAAUUAUCGGUAUUUAGUCGAAUAGCAACUGCUCUUAGUAUCUCUUGGCUAACUAUUCUUCUCAUUCCAAUGACUCCGCCAAAAUCGACUGUCCAUCAAUUGGCCAAAUACUUGUUCGUCUUUAUCAAUACUAAUCAAGGAUUAUUGUUAUUCUUUGCUUUCCUAUGGAAUAAAAGAGUUGGUCGUAUUUGGUUAAAUUGGGCAAGAAUUUUAAUCAGAAUCGAAAAUCAAAAAAGUUCAAAAGAUUCAAUCGUUACAAUUUCUGCUUCCGUUCCAAUCAACAGUGUUGAUUAG